AUGAUCAUCCGCUCUUCCACUUUAUCGAAGCCAACCCGUCGCACAACUCGAGUAACCCAAGAAAUAAGUUGUGCUGGUUGUGCCAUCGUUAGAGACUUGCUAAACUAUAAUGGCGAGUUGAAGGAUGAAUGGAUCUCAUGCAACGGUUGCAAGCAAUGGUUUCACUUUGACUGUGCUGGCUUCAAAAAGGCUCACGAGGUUCGUGAUGUGGACAAGUACUUCUGCCCUCCUUGCGAGCCAGCGCAUGGCAAAACGACUUAUGUUCGCAAGAGCACGCGCGCGCACGUUUCAGUCGAUUAUGCCGAGCUCCAGAAGGGUGUACUUAAGACCAGCGAGGAGAGUAUGGAGCAUCAUUACAUUCAACCUAUCAAGGAUGGCACUUUUCAGUUCGAUCCUGAGUUUUUCCCUCGCAUGCCGCCGGAGCUGGUCACUAAAGACUUUUUCGAACGUGGUGGUUUUGUGGAACCAAUUUGCAUUCCUGCGUCACUCAAUCCCCGCCCCUGGCUGAAAAAGAACAGCGAAACUAAGGACGAAGACGGCGACGUUGAAAUGACCUCGAGUGCGACGGAUGACAACGACUCAGAUGGCCUAGCGCUGGACGAUUUCGAAUACGAUGCUCUGCCAGAUGUGGGUCAGGAUAAAUUGGGAAUGGUCAUGCCACAAGAUUUGACAGUCCGUCAAGUGUGUAGCUUGGUUGGGCCUGAAACACCGCUGGAUGUGAUUGAUGUCAAGACACAAAACUCAGGAGGCAAGAAGUGGAAUCUCAAGCGAUGGGCUGACUAUUACGAGGAAACAGGCGACAAGCACAUUCGGAACGUCAUCUCGCUCGAGGUCUCUCAAACCAAACUGGGACGGCUACUUCGUCGUCCUCAGGUUGUGCGAGAGAUUGACCUUCAAGAUCAGAUCUGGCCUGCCAAGGAGGUGGAGCAAGGCAAAUACCCGAAAGUCCAAUUCUACUGCUUGAUGUCGGUAGCGGAUAGUUACACGGACUUCCACAUCGACUUCGGUGGUAGCAGCGUCUACUAUCAUAUUCUUAAGGGAAAGAAGACAUUCUUCUUCAUCCCGCCCACCCCAAAACACCUCAAGGCAUACCAAGAUUGGAACGACAGUCAUGAGCAAAACUACACCUUCCUGCCAGACAUCACUAAAGAAUGCUAUCGCGUCGAUCUCGGCCCUGGCGAUACCAUGCUGAUCCCCUCGGGCUGGAUCCAUGCCGUUUGGACCCCAGCUACAAGUUUAGUCAUCGGUGGCAAUUUCCUCACGAGAAUGUCAUAUCGCAACCAAUUCCGCGUAUACGACAUUGAAAAGGCCAAUGGUACGCCGAUGAAGUUUCGCUAUCCUUACUUUGUCCGCAUCAUGUGGUAUACUGUCAUUCAAUAUCUGGAGAAGGAUCCGCUCCCCGAGGAAGUGUCACAAUCGUUCCUAGCAGGCAAGCAAUUCGAGCGGGAGACUCCCAUCUGGGCUGAUUAUGACGGUGAUCUCGCUGCGGCGGAUUCCCGUUCUGGUGCUCAGAACGAGAGAUACUAUAGCCAGGCCGAAGUCGAAGGCCUUCCUGAUUUGGCACAAUUCGUCUUCCGCACUGUCAUGGUAGUCAUGGGCCGGGUUGAGGGCAUUUCUGCGGAACAGAUGAAACGAGUUAAUAGCUCGAUUCCGAAAGGUCACGGCGAUCCUCUGGACCUGGCGAGAGCGUUCGGAUUGUGGGUGGCAUGGAAGCGAGGCAACGAAGACCCACCUGCAUGGGCGCAUCCGGAUGCUGUGCUCCCCAACCGCAGUGAAGAAGGACCUCCCAAGAAAUUGUCCCAGCGUGCAUUGAAGGAGAUGGAGCGCAAAGAAGCCAUCGCCGCUUGGCGCAUUGCCCCAGACCGGCAAAGCGCGCGACCGCCUCCUCCUCAUCAUCGGAACGAAACCACACCAUCGUCGCGGAUGAAUUCCUCAUCAACGACGACCACCACGACCACCGCCACGAUGAUGUCAACGCAAUCGAUGCCGUUCGCUAUGACCGCGAUGCAUGGCCAACAUCUCAGCACCCCAAAGACAUCGGUGUUGGGUCCUAAGCGCGUUGCUUGCGACGCUUGUCGAAAGCGACGUAUUCGUUGCAAACACAAAGAUUUCGUCAUGCAAAUCGAUGAUAUCAAUAAUGUGAGUCCCGUUUGGCAGGCGUCACCAUCAUCAUCGAUGGGCCAGAUCCAUCAAGCAAAUCCAUCAAAUCAUCAUCUCCAUCAACACAAUGGCAACAACAACAAUUCGAUCACCAAGGGCAAUGAUUCGGAAGCGAAAUUUUCCAAUCAUGUACGAAAUGGCAACUACCUCAACAAUUUCUUCGACGGCUUUGCUCCCGGAACCAAUGCUUACGUCAAUGCCAACAUUCCUAUGGCAAUGAACGGCAUCCACAUCUUUGGCGAUGCCCCCAAACGCGGUCGGAGUAAGGCGUGUCUCGAGUGUAGAAAAUCCAAGCGUCGAUGUAUCCAUGAUGAAAACGGCCAAGUAGACCCGGUCAAAGCGGCUGAAACUCCAAUCCCUCGCGGUUCGGCCUCAUCAAAGAAGCGACCAUUCGGCAGUGAAGGUUCGCCACCG